CUGGGGCGCCGUUGUGGCACCUGGACAAUGGUCCCUCCAAAAUUUCGAACUAAAACAGCCAAUACGAUCACGGCUCCAGGCUCCUCUUGAAUUUAGAAUACUGGGUUUCUUCUUCCUUGAUUCAGGUUCCCACCUACGGUGAACGGGCUUGAUUCAUGAAUGGGUCAUCUCAGCCACUGACCAGAACCUUGAAAUACCUUCUUCCACGCUCGCCCCUCUGCACCAUUGCACAUUAUGAAGCACUCUUGUACCGUUGCUCUACCACCAAGUCAUUAAGCACCACCAAGCAAGUACAUGCUCCCAUUCUCAGGAUUCAACUCUUACACCAUUGCGACUCCACUCAUUUCCUUUCCCUCCUCACAGCUUCAUACGCGCUCUGCUCCCAAACUUCACUUGCUCGCAAGGUGUUCGAUGAAUUGUCUUUUAGAACUUUGUUUUCCUACAAGAGCAUGAUAAAAAUAUACACACAAACUGGGGCUCCCCAUAAUGCUCUCAAGUUAUUUGAUGAAAUGCUCCACUCCAGUCAGCAAAUGCCAGAUAGGUAUAUAUUUCCGUUUGUAAUUUGUGCCUGUGGUGAUUUAUUACUGCGUGAAAUCGGGGUCGUUGUUCAUGGUCUGACAAUAUUGACAGGGGUUGUCUUAAAUGCAUUCUUGGGGAAUUCAUUGUUGGUGAUGUAUAUGAAAUGUGGAGAUAAAGAGGGGGCAAGCAGAGUCUUUUAUGCAAUGCAGGAGCGAACUACGGUUUCUUGAAACAUUAUGAUUGGUGGGUAUUUCAGAAAUGGCAGUCCCAAGGAAUCCUUGCAGUCCCAAUUACAUGAAGAGAUCACCCUGAUGAUCUUAGGCCAUAUCAUUAUACUUGUAUGGUUGAUCUUUUUGAACGUUCUCGGCGGCUUGAGGAGGCUUAUGACUUGAUAAAAAAACAUGCGUUUCGGACCGACUCAUGUUGUUUGGGGUGCAUUACUUGGUGCUUGUGUUAUACAUGAAAAUGUUGAGCUCGGAGAGGUGGCUGCGAAGUGGCUUUUUGAGUUAGAGCCACACAACACUGGAAAUUAUGUGUUGCUUGGAAACAUGUAUUCUGCUUUGGGAAGGUGGAAAGAUGCUGAGAAUGUGAGACAUAUGAUGAAUGAAUUAGGAUUGAGAAAAAGGCCUGCCCAAAGUUCCAUAAGUCGAGGCGAUGGAUAUGCAGUGUCCAUCUUAACAACAUUACAAGUGUUGGAAGCAUUGGCGUAGUAAGGCUCAACCUGGUCACACUGCAAAGGCACGGCAAAAGCAACAUAACAUUCAAAAGGCAUCUGAUAUUAUUUGUAGCUUUGACAUUGCCCAAUAUAGUUUUGACCAUUUAUGUAUCCUGUUUUACAUUUAGUGCUUUUAAACAAUUGUGGACCUAUUGUUUGGUAUCCUUUUAUUAGCUAUUUUAUCUAAGAUUACUUUUAUUCUU